AUGGAGGAGCAGGAGGAGGAGCCAGAAAAAUCCCCGUCGCGGGCGAGCGGCGCUCACUCGUGCUCCUCCCUCAUCCGCCUCGAGCAGGAGGCCAAGCGCAGGAAGCGGGCGCAGCUGCAGCAGCGCAAGGCCGCCGCCGCCGCCACCAUCAUGCCAGUACGGGAAAGCAGUGAUGAUGUGCUGGACUUGGCUGAAUACGCAAAGAAUCGGUCGUGGUGGCGCAAGCUGUUUGGACCCAAAUCAGGAUCCAGCGCGGAGAAGUACAGCGUGGCGACCCAGAUUGCAAUUGGAGGUGCUACCGGAUGGUGCACUGGCUUCAUCUUCCAGAAGAUUGCCAAUCACACAGGAUACAUCAAAAUUGACUGGCAGAUGGUUGAGCGGGAUGUGAGCAAAGCCAAGGAGCAGCUGAAGUUUCGCAGUAGCCCCACCAAAAAGCUGACACCAGAGAUGAAGAACAAAAUGGAUGAGGUGAUCUCCUUUCUGAAGAAGAAUGUUAUCCUGACUGGGAGUUUUGUUGGAGGGUUUCUGCUCGGCAUGGCUUCCUAGGAGUCACCACGACCUGGGUGUAAUGCCCUUCCCUCUGUUAUCAUUGGCUGACAUGCUGGAAUGUUCUCUCCCCAUUCUGUCUUCCUCUUUGUACCCACAUCAUGGCUUCCAGAAACACCGCUGCUAGUUCAUUCUGCUCUUCCCUUCGUCAUUGAUAGGAUGGUAGAGGGUAGGGUUAGCGUGAAGACCGGCUGCUGUCCCGCUGGUUUGGCCCCGCCUGAGAUGUGGGUUUUUUGUAGGAUUCCCCCCAUUUCUUUUCCAGGGGAAUGCCUUGACAGUAGCACUCCUCUCUCUGCUUGUAUGCAGCUUCUCGUUGUGUUUGAACUUUCCUUGAGUGACUGGAGUAUCGAUCCUGCUUCCAAGUGAGCAGAGCGUAGAAGCUCAGCUGGGUAGGGCCUAGGUGUGUCAGGGCAUGUCCCAGAUUAACUGGUGUCUAGAUCUGGAAGUGGCUCGCUCUUCCUAGAGCAAGUUCCAUGUAUUUCUUCCUAGCAAAGCCAAGGCUAGAGCAAAAACAGCCUCUUGGCAUUGCCUGAGCUGUUAUUUAUACCUCUUGCUGGAACCACAGAGCUGGAAUGAUCUGUGGAAACUCUGACUGCUGCAUGGGAUUCUUUGUCGUCACCCUCUGCUGAGGGAGGCCCGAAAGGCUGGCAAUCCCUCCUCUUCAAGGAUAUGAAUUACUAGCAUGCAGCAGCAAGGGGUUCAAGCAAAACUUGGCUCUUGGAGGCAAAAGAGCCAGUAAAUGACUGGUCGGUGCUGAUGAGAGGAAUGCCAGUCACUACUGUUACUGAAUAACGGGAGCAGAAGUUGCGAGCUGUGUUCCUGGAGCUUUCUUCUCUGUCGCGUGGGGCUACAGCUCUGAGCCGAGCGUUGUCUGCUCCUCCACGCCAUGAGCUCUGGGUGCACCAAACUGAAGGUGGAGAGUCAUCGCUGGGUUACCCUGAGCGGGCAGACCUCUGUUUGCCAGGGUCGCACAUGGUGCGGAAGGCUGCAGUGUUUACCGUGCCCUGGCACUUGCAGGAAGCAUGUUGUAUGUAUGUGCGUUUCCUUCUGCAAUCCCUGCUUUUUCCUCUGAGGUGUAACUGUGCUAAUUAGUCGCAGCACACAUCUUUCAAGUAAGGGAGUUCUUGCCACGCGUUAUAAACAGCUGUAGCACAGUGUGGUGCAGGAUCUCGUGGGCCGGCGCCCACAGGUAAGAGGGCUCCUUGAAGGCUUAUGCUAGCAUCAAUCCGUUCACUCACAGCAGCCGGCCGCCUUCCAGGUGUGUUUGGCUACAACUUCCAGCGUCCCCAGCCAUGACCAUUGGAUUUGCUGGCGGGGACAAUGGGAAUCGUGACUAGACCCCUCCGGAUAGCAUGAGAUUGAGAGAUGCUGACCUGGGCAUGUGGUGCAGCAGCACCAGUAAAGCUUAGCAGGCCUGCAUCUGGUCCGGCAUGGAGCUGAGAUCACCCUCGAGUUCUUCACCCUGUGAAUCCCGUCCUGGAAGAAAAGCAUGGCACACACAAUCAGUGUAGCCCUUACCCAAAGCGGAGGGGGGCUUCUGCAUUCGUGGGAUGACUAAACGGCCGGCCCAGCCACCCACUCAAUAUGGACUGAAUAUCGUUUUCCCCUCUUUCACACACAAACAGGAUCCAGGAGCUCAGCUUUGCUCACUGCCUCCACUGAGGGAAGCCAGGGGACUUGCCUGGUUCCUGUGGUGCAUGUCCCUAGCUUAAGGAAAGAAGAGUGGCUGCCCGUGGCCCCACUCUCUGUGGGGUUCAGCACCUGUUGCAAAAGAAUACGCUGAACAGUAUUUAGCCCUCGAUCAUGCCAUAGCCAGCCUCCUUGAGGACCAGAAGUUAAAACGCAAGCCCGUGGCACGCUGCUGAAGAUGGCAUGCCAGGCCAUUCCUGAACUGUGUCUUCCCUGUUGGUCUUGAACAGCGCUGACCAUUUCUAUCAUUGACCACCAUCAAGACCUGAGAGUUUAGGUGUGGACCUGGCAUAGCCCGUCCGCCCACCGGCCCAUCUUAAUUUCUCAACUGUCAGUAGCUUUCCACGGCCUCGAACAGCCGUUCUGCCCGAGAGCCUUUCAAGUGGCCAUGCCGCGGCCUGAAUGUUCGUCUUCUGUAGCACGUGCUCAGUCACUUAGAUGUGGUGCUUUUCCCCAGCAACAUCAGUGCGGGCUUCUCGUACUCUGGGGGAAUGGGAUUGCUGACCCAUUUCCCCAUGACGUGUCUGCAGUGAGGAAGGCCUUUCCAUGGGUGUGGCAUGAGCAGUGUUUGUAGUAUCUGCCAGAUCAUAUGAGAGGGGGAAUGCGUUGGAAUUACUCGAGUGUCUCUUGCGGAGGAAUUCCUGUACCCCAGAAAUAGGUCUCAGAAGCUAAGAUGCCUUGUUGCAGAACCUUCCCUCUGCUAAAUUCCCCUCCGUGGAAAAUGUCCCAUUCCUUUGCCCCAAGACCACAUGAACUGAUGGUCUUCUGUGUGAGAGCACAGAUGCAGCAUGGGUACCUUGUUUUCAUUCUUUUCUCUCCCUCAGUGUCUGAAGUAGCCACAUUCAACUAAGGGAACCUUCCCCAAUCUGCCGGUGCCCUCCAGAUGGGUGAAUUACAACCACCACCACCCGCUUGCCACCAGCAUGCUGAAUGGCUGACGUGAUCAUUUUGGCCCACACCUAGAGGGUACCAGGGUGCAAGAGGCUGGUCUGAGGAUUACGUGAGCUACUGUCAGGGGCUUGCACAAUUCUUCCCAGCUACUGACAGCCUCAGUUUUAUCACUUUCAGACAGACAGACAUAAAACAGCCGCUAUGAAAUGGCCACCAGAGGGUGCUAAACGCCAAAGGUUUGGAAAGCAGAAGGUGUGUAUGACUCUUUUUGCCAAAAGCAGGGAAUGCUUAAGUCUGAGACUCCUUAAAAGGAUAACUGUUCGUCCCUGAGAAAUUAAGGCCAACUUUGAUUGCAAAGGGUGGAAUGAGAAUUGUUAAGAUGAAUUCAAACCCCAGCAGCCACCCAUACCUCAGCUCGGAGAAAAAUUAGAGUUUUACAAUGUUUUUAUAUUUAAAUAGUUGUGUGAACUGAGAUUGAAAUAAAACUUUUUUUUUGCUGA